CACAUCAGUCAUGAUGAUCUAUGACGUACAUCAACAUCUGAUUGUGUCCAUGUUGAAUCAUUUUCAACAAAAAUACAGAAAUACACAACCAAACAAGUCAUAUAACAAAAGUGUAAAACCAACAGUCUUAUAUCAAACAUUAAUACAACAUAAACACAAGACAAAUGACUUACAAAAUACAAAAGAACGCAAAGAAAAAGACUAAUAUAAAUACAGUUACACAAGAAUAAAACAGACACAUUAAGAGAAACAGGAGGAUUCAUCAUAUUAAACAUCAUCCAACAGAAUCUUAAAUAUUCUAGUGUUAAAACUGUUUCAUGUAAGAGUCCUGAAGCUUGUUCCACCAGAUCUGUGUUUAUAUAAGAUAUAUAUCUAUAUAUCCAUAACCUAUAGAUAAGUAAUGUGUUCUCGUGAACAGGUGCAGUAUCACAUAUUACAUAAGUCUUAAAAGUGAUGAUAAAUAAAAUAGGAGCUUAUUUAUAAUGCUAUUAUAAACGGAUGUCGGGACUGACUUUUGGUCUUUCUAUUAACUUGUCAUUAAGCUGUUGUUAAUAAAGUAAAAAAAACAAGUUUUUUUUCCGUCGCGCAGUGGAUGAUGGGAGCGUCAGGUGUGUGUGUGUGUAUCUCUGCUGUCUCUCUGAUCUUCUGUCGCCGGUUUCCUCUUUCUUGUCGCCAGACCUGUCGGUGUGACUCCUCCGGUAUUAACCCGUUUAAACGUGUUUGAACCCGCUCUGACCGGUAACAGGAACGACUCCUGCAGUUACUGCGUCACUUUAAACUCAACUAAACAGCUUUUAAAGUUGUUUUUUUCCGCUUCUACCUGCCGCACACACACACACACGCACACACACACACACACACCUGCCGCUGCUCACCUGUGGUCGCCAUGUCAGCGGGACAGUGAUGGCAGCAGAGAGACGCUCAACGGCGGGAAACGGAACACGAACCGAAGAAUAAGGAAUAAUAAAAAAAAGAAAGACAACAUUCAUCAGCAGGGACCUGAAGUCAACAUGGAUUCACUGGAUUCAGGACUUAAAUUCAGCCCGAGGCAGGACAUCGACUGGGACACGACGCUUCAGUUCCUGCCGGCCUCAGACUCCAAACAGCUGGAGAAGAAAUCCGGCCGCCGGAAGAAGCUGUGGAUCGGAGUCGGCCUGCUGCUGUCGGCCGCCGCUCUGGCUCUGCUGACCGGACUGCUGGUCUGGCACUUCCACUUGCGUAGGGACGUCAGAGUGAAGAGAGUCUACAUCGGCUCGAUGGGAAUCAAUAACCAGCACUUCAUGGCGGCGUAUGAAGACCCGAACAGUCCUCAGUUCUCUAACUUGGCCUCUCUGGUCAGGCAGCAGCUGAAACUCAUGUACUCCAAAAACUCAGUGCUGCAAAAAUACUUCACAGGCUCCACAGUUCAGGCCUUCAGUGAGGGAGACAGCGGCGACAACGUGGUGGCUUACUACCAGUCAGAGUUCGACCUCCCAGUCCCUCAGCAGGCUUCACUGGACGAAGCCAUCGAGUCUCUGGAGGCGCCGGCAGGAAGUCAGCAGGGUCGACAGGGACGCCUGCUGCUGAAACCCACCGACGCUCUCAACGUCAACAACAUCCUCUCACGAGCUAUAGAUCCACGCAUGAUGAGGACUACAUUAGUUGUGAAGAAGUCUUUCAACAUCCACGUCAGUAAAGCUGGAAUCGUCCAGUCUCCGGGGUUCCCAGACUCUUCGUACCCGCCCAACGUCUACCUGCAGUGGCGGCUGCGGGCCGACCCCGGCCACCGAGUCCAGCUGGACUUCCACACUCUGAUCCUGGAGGACGACUGUCAGCAGGACUUCAUCAAGAUCUACGACACCCUGGCUCCCAUAGAGCACCGCGCCCUGACAGAACAGUGUGGGUAUCCCCAUGGCUCCCUGUCCUUCCUGUCCUCUCGGAACGUCAUGUUGCUGACUCUGGUCACCAGCGAGGAGAAGAACUUCCCCGGCUUCAGAGCCAACUACUCCCAGAUCCCUCUGACCGAACCGAAGUGUGGAGGUAAACUGACGGGAGAUAAAGGCAUCUUCUCCUCACCUUUCUUCCCCUCCAACUAUCCUCCAAGAACCUCGUGUGUCUGGGACAUCCAGGUCCCGAAGGAAAAGUUUGUCAAAGUUCAGUUCAAGAAAUUCUCCCUGGGACAAAACAGUAACAAAUGUCUGAAGGAUCAUGUUGACAUCAACGGUCAGAGACUUUGCGGCAGUAAGCCAGAAAGCACCGUGGUCACCACUAGAAGCAACAUGAUCACCGUCAGAUUCAACUCGGACUCGUCUUACGUUGAUCAAGGUUUCAUCGCCGAGUACGAAGCCUUUGUCCCAAAUAACCCUUGUCCGGGACAGUUCCAGUGCACCAACAACCUGUGCAUCAACAAGACUCUGCAGUGUGACGGCUGGAACGACUGUGGAGACGGCACCGACGAGGACAACUGCAAGUGUGAAGCGUCUCAGAUGAGGUGUAAGAACAGCCGCUGUAAACCCAAGUUCUGGCAGUGUGACGGGUUUGACGACUGCGGAGACAACACAGACGAGGAAAACUGUGGAAAAUGCAAACCGGGACAGUUUUCCUGCAGAACCGGACGCUGCAUCCCUGAGAAUCUGAGGUGUAACGGGAGAGACGACUGCUCCGAUGGAUCUGAUGAGUCUAAAUGUGAAAAAUCUCUGGUGCUGCAGCAGUGUUCUGAGUUCACCUUCCGCUGCAAGAACGGACGCUGCAUCAGCAAACUGAACCCGGAGUGUGACGGAGAGCAGGACUGUGAGGACGGCUCCGAUGAGGAAGACUGCGAGUGCGGGACGAGGCCGUACCGGAGCUCUCGUAUCGUUGGCGGUCAGGCGUCCCGGGAGGGCGAGUGGCCGUGGCAGGUCAGCCUCCACAUCAGGGGCAAAGGUCACGUGUGUGGGGCGUCCGUGUUGAGCCGCCGCUGGCUGCUGACCGCCGCCCACUGCGUCCAGGACAACGGACCAGACAAGUACUCCCGGGCUGACCAGUGGCAGGCCUUGCUGGGGCUGCACGUGCAGAGUCAGACCAACGAGUGGACGGUGAGGAGGAACCUGAAGCGGAUCAUCGCCCACCCGAACUACAACCCGCUGACCUACGACAACGACAUCGCCCUGAUGGAGCUGGACUCUGAUGUCACCCUCAACCAGAACGUCUGGCCCAUCUGCCUGCCCUCCCCCACAUACGACUUCCCAGCAGGCCGAGAGGCGUGGAUCACCGGCUGGGGAGCCACCAGAGAGGGAGGCGUAGCUGCGACGAUCCUGCAGAAGGCGGAGGUUCGGAUCGUCAACAGCACGGUGUGUAAGAGUCUGAUGAGUGAUGUCACUGACAGGAUGCUGUGUGCCGGAGUCCUCAAAGGAGGCGUGGACGCCUGUCAGGGCGACUCCGGCGGGCCGCUGUCCGUCACCGGCCCUAAUGGACGGGUCUUCCUGGCCGGCGUGGUGAGCUGGGGCGACGGCUGUGCUCGCAGGAACAAACCCGGCGUCUACACCCGGAUUACCAAAUACCGCAGCUGGAUAAAGGAGAACAGCGGCGUAUAGCAGCACAGCAGCUGACGAGCUCUCUGGAUAUUUAUAACUGGAGGUGAACGUGGGCUGUGAUAGUUUUUAUUUUUCUAUUGAAGUCUGUUUUCAGGCCAAAAUAUGACAUUAAUAUUCACAGCAGAAUCUGUGAAUUAUACAUUCUUUUUUAAGGUUUUUUUUUUUAAGUUUAUAAAGUCAUGUUUUUGGUGUCUGUGGAUCAAAAUGUUACAAAGCAGAAGCUGAGAGCGGCUGUCAGCGCUAAUGUUUCUUUAGCUCCAUGAAACAGAUCAUCGUUCACUUAGUCAUUUUGUUUUACAUUAGUCAUUUUAAUUUCUGCUCUGCACUGGGACACAUUUCUAUCUUCUGAGUUAAAGAGAUGAAUGACACCACAGCAGCUCAUUAUCUUGAGAUUAUUACUACUUAAAGUCCUCAUUAGCAGAUUUAAAGCUUCUUUAUAAUUUACAGAGAAAACAAGUUGCACUUUACGCUAACAUUUUUAGUUUUGUGUCCCCCCUAAUUGCUAUCCAUAGAAAAAUACUAGUUAAAAAUGGAAAGAUCAAAAAAGUAGAGACAGAAAUAUAAAAAUAGUGGUACCACUUUCCGAUACGUCACCUGGUGUAAAGGCUUUAUGAUCAGUCACACCAACAGUAGAUUCAGUCUCAAGGCUGAAGUAAAUCUGUGCAAAUCUGAGCCGUAUUAUUUAUUAAGUUAAUGGCUGACUUUGUAGAGAGUGGUACCAAAUCAAUGAAAACAAAACUGUACAGUGUUUGAUGUUUUGAAUGUGUGUCAGAUAAUGAAUGUUAAUGAUUAUGAAGAUUUUAAAUAACAGGGCUAAUAAAAUAUUAGCAACCACAGCUGCUCUCUGCUUCUGCAAGAAAGAAAAAAGCACAAAAAGUUGCAUAUUAUUCAAUAAUUAUACAGAGUCACUGUGUCAAUGUAAACUGUAGAGAGUCCAGUGUCUGUAAGUUUGAUCAGUUUAGGAACCGGGUAUAUUUCCAUGUGAACUUUUAUUUUUUAUUUUUUUAUGUAAUUUUUUAAAUGAAACACUUGAUGUGUUUCUCUUGAAGCUGAAUGUCUUUUAAAUAAUGAUGAUAAAAAAAUAUUCUCAGGGCUAAAAGGGAUGUUAAUAAACUCUUUAGUAUAAGUGCCUUCCAACUACAAAUGUCCUCAAAGAUCAGUCUGUUUUCUGGUUAAACAGGGUCAGUAUGUGUUUUUGGUCUUAGCUAAUAUCAAACUUCUCCAUAACUGCAGUCACUUCACACUUCACUUCUGGCAGAGCUGGUAGAAACGUGUUGAACAGGAUUUACAGUCCAUAAAAACUACACUGAACUCAAACACAUUUCUUCUUCCUCUUCUUCCUACUUUGUUUUAUUGUGGAAGGAGCAGAGGGUCAAAAUGGAGAGAAAAAGAUGCGUUUACCAAUUUAGCCGGCUCAGUGUGGACAUGGUCUAAACAUGGUCUAGCAUAGCAGCAUGGUGAGCAUGUUAGCAUGCCUAUGUUAGCAUUUAGCCCAAAGCACUGCUAAAAGGCAAUAGUAAUAAUACAUUUUAUUUAUACAGUGCUUUUAAAGACACUCAAAGACUCUUUACAUAGAUAAACAUGUAAAAGAACCUCUAAGUAUCCAGAAUAACUGUCAGGUUUCAUGAAACUUGCAUGAAGGAGCUCCUCAGGGAACCGUCCUGGAUCCUCUAGAGAUUCACAGAACAUUGUCAUGAUACCAACUUUUUAUCAUGUUGUCGGUACUUGAAGGGACCCUUAAAUGUUCCUGGAGGCUCUCAGGGACAGAGCACUGGCCAAAUAAUCAUUUAGCAGUAAGAAACAGGAGGACGGGGCUGCUCUUUUGAAGCAAACAGAACAAAAACUUUCGGAUUUUCUGCUGACAGCAGAGACGAAGGCCAACGGGUAAAAAAAAUCUACUAAAUUUUUUGCAUAUUAAUAUUUUUUGAUGAUAAUUAAUGCUCUUAUUCAUAAAAAAAAUAUUUACACUUAAUAUUAGAAAUAUAGAUUGGUACUUGGUGUUAGCCAAAAAACAUAGUGUCUGACAGCCUUUAAAAAGUGUAAAAUUUAAUACAGUUAUUGAGCUACAUUAGACAGUUUUUGGCCCUCAUCACUUCUUCUUUCUCUUCUUUGUUAUGUGCGGAACGUUUAUUUGAUUGUAGCAUCUUCUAAUUAUAUAAGUUUUUGUUUGUGGAACAGUUGGAUGAUCUUGGUGAGAAUCAGUUUAUCUCAGUGUCAGAUCUGUCUGUGUGUCUUUAUUUAUUUUACCACUGUGGGGCGCCAAUUCUGGAUUCAGUUUGAAGCAAAUUUGCAUUUAAGCAGCUGUUUUUGUGACAUUUCUUGCUUUUUUUUACUUGUUUUUUGCGCUCUUCGCCUUUUGAUGAGUUUUUUGCUGAAUGUAUUUAUUUGUACAGUGUUCCUGCUUUUAUUUUUUACAACAUUGGUGUGUUUGGGUUGUCUGUCCUUGUUUUUGUCCUGGUGAUACUUCUUGUGUGGGUUGCUAAACAUUAGAAUGGUUUCUUUGCUGUGGCAGAAUACUUACAUUGUGGAAGGAUUACAAAGUAAACUGCUGUGAUGUA